AUGGAGAAUAACGAGGAGGAUAAUGAUGAUAACGAUAACGCCGAUCUUCUUCCACCACUUCUUGUUGAUCAUCAGAUUCCAUAUAUCUGUGUUAGAUUUAAUCCGGAUGAUGCUGAAGUACAGUUUCUCCGUCCAAUGACUAUGGACCGGGACAGUCUUAAUGGUCGGUCAUUUCUCCCUGUUAUGACUACAGAGAAUCUUGCUACACGCCUGACGAAUAUGGAACCGGCUGAGUGUCAAUAUUUUCGUCCAGGGGAGGAAUGUUUUUUUCUCACAAGAUUGCACUGA